CUCCAUCUCCAUAUAUUAUAUACCAAGUAAGUACCUUUCCUGCUCCUUAAUCCAUCCGAAUUUCUCAUUUAACAAUCAUACUUAAGUAGUAAUUUUUAGUACUAAACACAAAGUUAUUUAUUUGGUCAAAUUGAUAAAACUUUUCCUCAUUGGGUAAUCGAAUCCAACGGCCAGGAUCAGCUCACCAGUAAAAGCGCUGAAAUCGAGCUCAUCCACCCUACGGGUGAAAAAAACAAAAAAAGAUCACAAAUAAAAUAAUCGGCCAAAUACCACGGAUUAGGAAAUUACAAUGCCGCCCCCCAAAACACCGCUUCUCUCACCACCACCAUUUUUAUGAUUCUUCGCCUCCUUCCGCCUUUCACCCUUUUUUUUUCAUUUGCUCUCAGCAAUCGGAAUUUGUAGUCCGACGACGACGCGAGAGUCGGCCGGUGGCUGCGUUUCAGAACGUGUGAUAUAUAGAGAGCAGGAAAAUCAGCUCGUAAUCGCGAGGAACCGGGAAUCAAGCUCCGGUUUAUUGUGUUUUAUUUUAUCUAGUCUUCCACAACCUUUUGCUCCAUUUACCGCCAUCGGUUUAUCGCAGACGAUAAGGUAAUGCGUUGUUUUUGUUGCUUGGCGAUUGAGGGUUUGAUCGGUUGAGCUGGUUUCUUGGGUCAAUCAAGAGUUGGGUUGAUGGUGGGGUUGUUUCUAUUUGUUGAGCUGGUAUAUGCUGGAAGAAUGGGGUGGAAUCUGCUUUGUGUUUAUUGGAUUUAUCGUGUUGUGCGUUGCUUUUUGAUUUUGUGGAUGUUGGUUUUUUAGGAUGGCAUUGGUAGUGCUUGUCUGGGGUUCUCGUUAGCUUGGUGGAAUGUCGAUUUUGAAUAUAGUGUUUGAGGUUAUUGUUAGUGAUUCUCAGUUGAAAUCUAUUGGCAUGCAUUGUUUGAUUGUUUCGAUUUGAAUCCGUAAGUUCCUUUCAUUUUCUGUUUAGAGUUGGAAGAGUUGUGGAGCGUCCAUAUCUCGGGUUAUGCUUGAUUACAACUAAGCUUUGAAUUGGAUUUCUGGGGUCAGCAUCUUAUGUGAAUUUGGCCUAAAGGGUAUGUAUUGGAGGAGCUUUAGUACAUAUUAAUGAUAUUAGACGGACACGUUAAUGAGCAGGGCUUUCUCAGAUAAAGGCGAAGUCUUUAGCUCUGAAUGACUACUUUUUCUUGAUAGAAAUGUCCUACUGCUCUCAACAUAUUUUGUAUUUUGUUUUCAGAUGGGAAGCAAACAAAUUGAUAAUGUUACCCAUGUUACCGAUUCGAACUCCAUUGUCGACAGCAAUGCCGUAAAUGAUAGUGUCGACAACAAUGCCGUAAAUGACAGUGUUCCUACUAGUGAAAGCGAGAGCACUCAAGUUCACAAAUAUUCUGAGUCUGUCAGGACCUUGCACAAUGUGGCUUACAUUUAUAGACAAGAUGUGGUAAAGCACAAGGAAACUGGUUUAAUAGGGAUAGUAGAUGAGGUGGCUGGUGACUCUGAUUCAGACAGUAGCAUCACUGAUGAUGACGAUGACGAUGCUGACGAAGAUGAUGGUCUUGAUGAGGAUGAUGAUGCUGACGGUGAUGGUCAAGAUGAUACUGCUGAUGGCUGUACCAACAAUGACAAUGAGAAUAGUGACCAGAAGAAAACCGGAGGAAACCGUAAAAAAGGAGCACUUCAGGCUGAUCAGGUUCGAGUACUUUGGAUGCACGAAAUGGAACAAGUGCAAAGCAUUAAUGAUGUAAAAGUCAUCGAUCGGGGUUUCUUGCAUGGUGAUUAUGUUGCUUCUGCUUCAGACCCAACCGGGCAAGUAGGAGUUGUGGUGGAUAUCAACGUCUCUGUUGAUUUGUUAGCUCCUGAUGGUUCAGUAGUGAACAAUGUAUCAUCCAAAGGCUUGAAGCGGGUGAGGGAGUUUGUCGUAGGAGAUUAUGUAGUACUUGGCCCUUGGCUCGGACGAGUUGAUGAUGUCAUGGACAAUGUGACUGUUUUAGUGGAUGAUGGUUCGGUCUGCAAAGUACUGGGUGCUGAACCACUCCGUCUCGAACCUAUUUCCAAGAGUUUCUUCGAUGAAGAUGAUCAUUUUCCUUACUACCCUGGGCAGCGUGUGAGAGCAAGCUCAUCCUCGGUAUUCAAGCAUUCCCGAUGGUUAUAUGGUUUGUUUAAGCCUAAUAGAUUAGAAGGAACUGUUACCAAAGUCACAGCAGGAUCAGUAUUCAUUUAUUGGAUAGCUUCUGCUGGCUAUGGUCCAGAUUCUUCAACAGCUCCUGCUGAAGAGCAGAACCCUAAAAAUCUAAAACUGUUGUCUUGCUUUGCUCAUGCCAAUUGGCAAGUAGGAGAUUGGUGUCUUGUCCCCCCAACUGUUCUAAAAUCAUCCUCCAUUACUACGGACACUGAAUUAUCCAAUUCAGGACUCUGUGAUUCGGUGAAAGAUAAAUUGGUUUCUAGUCAACUAGGAAAAGAUUGUGAGGGUGAAGAGGUUCGGCUAGAGGAAUUGGAUGAGAAUAAGGAAGCCAUGAGCAUUGAUGCAGAGGUGCCUCCUACUGGCGAUAGUGCAGCUAAAACUGGAACUAACAAAGAGUUUCAGGAAUCAAACUCCUGCAGUAAUUCUGCAUCUGUUUCAAAGGAGCCAGUGCAUGAAACUUGGCCACUUCACCGCAAGAAGAUACGUAAGGUUGUUGUCAGGAGGGAAAAGAAGCAUCGAUUGAAGGAAGAGAAGUUCGAAAGAGCAUUUCUUAUUUUCAAUACAAAGACAAGUGUUGAUGUUGCUUGGCAGGAUGGAAGUUUGGAGCAUGGAAUGGAUUCCACCAAAUUAAUUCCUAUCGAUAGUCCUGGCGAUCAUGAAUUUCUCUCUGAACAGUAUGUAGUGGAGAAGGCAUCUGAUGAUACUGAAGAUAAUAAUUCUUCUGAAGUAAGGCGAGUUGGAGUGGUGAAGAGUGUUAAUGCGAAGGAACGAACAGCUCUUGUGAGGUGGUUAAAACCAGUUGUUAGGGCUGAAGAUCCUCGUGAGUUUGAUAAGGAGGAAAUCGUGAGUGUUUACGAGCUCGAGGGGCAUGGUGAUUAUGAUUAUUCUUAUGGAGAUGUUGUUGUGAGAUUGUCUCCAGUUUCUACUCAAACUAUCUUUGAUCGGCAACCCUCCCCUCACAAGCCAAAGCAGCAAAAUUUGAUGGAUGAUGAUGCUUCGAAUCCCGCAGAAGAUGAAGAGAAAUCAGAGUUGGUGAUACCUGGGGAGGAAGCUAGUAGCAUGGACUGCUACUCAGAUCUCUCUUGGGUUGGGAAUAUAACUGGUCUUCACAAUGGAGAUAUUGAGGUGACAUGGGCUGAUGGAAUGGUCUCUACGGUUGGACCUCAAGCUGUUUUUGUGGUUGGCCGUGAUGAUGAUGAUGAGUCUGUUGCUGUUGGUAGUGAAGUGAGUGAUGAUGGUGCUAGUUGGGAAACAGUUAAUGAUGAUGAAGAUGAUGACGGGAUGGAUGCCCUUGAGAAUUUUGAAGAGGAAGAACGUUUGCAAAAUGCAACCAACAUAAACUCUGAUGUGGACGAGAACAUGGAGAAUAGCAAUGCCGUGAGAAGUCCAGCAGUUUCACUGUCCUUGGCAGCAUUUGGAUUUGUUACGAGAUUGGCUACUGGAAUAUUUUCACGUGGGCGGAAAAGUUCUGAUUCAGAGCUACUGGAGAACAGAAACGAAUCUGAAUCUCAGGGAUUGAUCUCCAUUGCUGAAGAUAGAAAUUCCAGUGACACUUCUGGUUCUGUGAAGUCUAAUGUCAUUGAUCCUAAAAGUCCGCAUGGGGAAGAAGAAGUAAAUGGGGUCAUGGAAGUUGCUGCACCACCACAACCUUUUGGCAAUACGAAGGUUGAGAACACGAAUAUGUCAUUAAGACAUAUUGAGGAGGAUGCAAGCAAGUUCAAACGAUUUGACACGGCAAAAGAUCCUUCUGACCAUUAUUACGUGGGAUCAGUUGGACAGUCUAGCAAUAGCCGGAAAUGGUUAAAGAAGGUACAGCAAGAUUGGAACAUUCUUCAGAACAACCUUCCAGAUACUAUUUUUGUACGAGUAUAUGAAGAUCGAAUGGAUCUUUUGAGGGCAGUAAUAGUUGGUGCAUAUGGAACCCCUUACCAAGACGGUUUGUUCUUUUUCGAUUUCCACCUUCCACCAGAGUACCCUGAUGUUCCACCGUCAGCAUACUAUCAUUCUGGUGGUUUGAGAAUAAACCCAAAUCUUUAUGAAGAGGGCAAGGUGUGCCUUAGUCUUUUGAAUACUUGGACUGGCAGAGGAAAUGAAGUUUGGGAUCCGAAUUCUUCUAGUAUCUUGCAAGUCCUCGUUUCGCUUCAAGGGCUGGUGUUGAAUUCUCGGCCUUAUUUCAAUGAAGCUGGAUAUGACAAGCAAGUUGGAACUGCUGAAGGAGAAAAGAAUUCACUUUCCUACAAUGAGAACACGUUCUUACUGAACUGCAAAUCCAUGAUGUAUCUUAUCCGAAGGCCUCCAAAGGAUUUUGAGGAGCUUGUGAAGCUGCAUUUCAGGAAUCGUGGUCAGUACAUUCUCAAGGCAUGUGAUGCAUACAUGAAAGGGAGUCUGAUUGGGUCUCUUAAGAUGGAUGCAUCUAUAAGCCACGAUGCCAGUUCCAAUUCGAGCUCAGUUGGUUUCAAGAUAAUGCUUACUAAGAUUGUCCCCAGACUAUAUUCAUCACUAAGCGAAAUUGGAGCUGAUUGUGAAGAGUACAAGCAUUUGCUGCAGUUAUAGCAGGCUGCUAGGAGCAUGAUCUGAUUUACUUGUCGUCGAUCUUCCUUCCAACAUUUGUGGAAACCAAAGUCGAAACGAAAAAGAGGGGAGAAGGGUUUUCUUUGUCUCUGAACUCAAUGGCUGUGCUUUCAAAACGGCCGAUAACUUGUAAAUUCAGAUUAGCUUUUCUGGAUGAAAAAGCCUCUGAUAGUUUUAGCUUUAACUGUGUUUCUUCUUUGUCAUCUAACAUGACUGGAUAGGAACAUUUCUAUUUUAUACAUUUUGUUUCAUUCCUUCUCUAUUCGAAUUGGGAAUAUUGCUGCUUGACUGCAUGGUUUGAAGUCUCUUCUCUGGGAACUUGAAGACUAAAAGGACUUUGGGUUCUUUGUUAUGGUAUUGUAGUUGAAGGGAAAAGUAUUCCCUCGCCACUUGAAAUGUAAUCUAGGGAUCUAGGAAAUGAGAGUCAGGAACAAGUUAUUCCUUUGUACCAUUACUGUAUUCAUAGAAAAGGCUCAAAAUGAUAGUAAUUUUCUCCUCUUGAUAGUGUCUUCCCUUUGCUAAUAACCAAUUCAUGGCAGCAAAGAACUUUCUGGAAAUUUUGUCAACUGCAAAUUCGACAGAUUUGCUUAUCUAGAAACCAUGAAGGCAGAAGCUAAGCCCUUUGCCGCAGAGCACCACAGACUGAGAACAGAACCCGCAGAAUGGAAAUGCAAUUUGUUACAUACUCUAUAGAGAGAUUUCUGCAGGUUUUCGGGGUUUUCCCGGCUAGCAUUUUUAAGACGAGUGAAAAUACAGAGGCUAAAACAAACUAAAGAACAGUUGCAGUUCUACAGAUGAGGGCAAAUACGACUGAUCCCAGAAGGCGAUAACAAUGCGCCCAUAGUAGACUCAUAUGGAAUGAACAGACAGUGUAUAAGUAGCUGAUGAUCUAGUCUGGGUGCUGCGUACUCGCAGAAGGCAUGCUCAUGUAAAUAGCAUAUGAUCUCCAGUUAUCAAACAAUACCGGCAGCUUCCUUGAUAUCAGAAGUAGGCAACUUUAGUGCAUUGCCAAUCAUAAAAGCUUCAAAUUUACAUAAUGAACCAUGAUCAUCACCAACUGUGCGAUUCAGGAUCAUCUAACGAAUCGCUCUGCAGACUGCAAGUAACCACUCAUUUGCAUCCAUCCAUUCUGCGAACCAAACCUACGCCUAGUUCAAUAAGUAUGUAUAGGCUUACGCUUUUAGCAGACAAUUCUAGGACCCAAUGCAUUCAGUUCAGCACAUCGAUCAAUACUUAAAACUUCAAAGAACAGCCUAUAUAUUCAUGUACUAUGUCUGUUCAUGAACUCCUAGGGGAGGAAGGCAAAUCAAUUGGAUCAUAUAACAAGAAUAAAGCAGGAAGGAUUAA